CCCCUCUCUCGGGGCGACUUCCCAGGCGGCCUCCGCCCCUGGGGAUCCUGCGGCCAGAGCGGCUGUAAGAAUCGCGCGGGGGAGGGCACCCUCUUUCCAAGGACGGGGAGAGCCCGCGGUCGGCUCUGCCUACCCGGUCGCGGCCCCUCGAGUAGCGGUCGCUGCGGCCGCCGCCGUAACCGUCGCGGCCGCCGCCGUAGACGUCAGGUUCCACGCCCACUGUGUAGCAUAACCCUGAGAUCAAGACCUAAGCUGAGAUCAAGAGUUGGAUGCUCAACAGACUGAGCUACCCAGGUCAUUGUGUCCAAGGUCCAGGCUCCGCAGGUGUGUGUUGUUCAGAAUAGCAGAAGCCAGAUCCAGACAACACGUACUAGUAAGAGCACAGCCCAACAAUCUGCAAGAAAUACAAAACAGCUUUUUCUUCCUUUUUGCUACCAUCCUGGUGUGUGGUUGACUAUUCCUCGCCAUGUCUUCUCACAAGACUUUCAGAAUCAAGCGAUUCCUGGCCAAGAAACAAAAGCAGAAUCGUCCCAUUCCCCAGUGGAUUCAGAUGAAAACUGGUAAUAAAAUAAGGUACAACUCCAAGAGGCGUCACUGGAGAAGAACCAAGCUGGGUCUGUAAGGCAUCACACUUCAUGAGAUGGCACACAUAUUGAAGCUGCAUGAAGCUCACAUGUUCCUUCCCCCCACAUGUUCCUAUCCUAUCACUCUGUUAACGUGAGCAUGAAGCUCACAUGUUCCUCCCCCCACCACAUGUUCCUAUCCUAUCACUCUGUUAACUUCCCUCCUACCUGGCCAAUAGACAUGUUUUAUCAGGGAAAUGAUUUUUCUCUGUUACUAUGCCUUUACCUCACUAAGUUGGUUUAGUAAUAAAUGUGAGACC